AUGUGUGAUGCUGCAGUUGAUCCCCAGCACAAAUACUAUAGCUUUCGUCAAGACAACACCGCUAGUAGGACCUCUGCCUCUGUAACUUCAUUACAGCUGAUCGCCUACCACUUUCUCACCACCUACUGGGCAGCCAGAAGUCACCAGCAGCAUGACUCCCGUAACUUGGAGGAGGAGACUGAGCCCAGGAAGGUAGUGGCUGAACCUGGAGGCUGGUUGAGACCAUUGAGCAACAUAGAAAUGUUUUCAGCAACACCACUGAUUCUGGGCACUGGUAACACUGCUCAGGUGUUGUGGCUCUCCUCGUCUCAGCCCAUCACACCUGAGGACGUUAAUCAAGCUCUCUUCGUAAUAGCUGAGAAGAUACAUGUUCUGCAGAUCUGCGUUGCUUGGCGCUGGUUUCGACCAUGGUUACGACGGAUGAAGAACGUUGUUGUAGAUUUCAGCGUUGAGACGGGCGACGCCAUGUCGGUAUACUACCAGCAGAUGAGAACUCCCUACAAUAUUUCUCAGGGACCACUGUGGAGAGCGAGCUUGGUUCCCCAGCCACAGGCAGCUGCUGGCUGCCACCAGGCCGUCCUGGUUCUCACCUUACAUCACAUCAUCAUUGACGGCCUUACCAAUAUGAUCAUCUCCCGAGACUUUAUGGAGGUUCUGAACGCCAUCAUGACUGGACGGAGUCACAACACGCCCACACGCCAUAACAUUCCAGCCAUUGUUGACGAACUUUUCAGCAUGAGAGACUGUAUUUGGUGCCUUAGGUUUUUCUCGUCUGUAACGUACAGAACAAUCAUGAGCAUGUUCAGUGAUAACUGCUACAGUAUUAGUCUUCCUCGGCCAAACACGAAGGUAGCACUUACAAAUGUGUUGCGUAAGGACUUCUCAGCAGAGACGACUCAAGAGCUUUUGCGUCACUGCAAAGAAGCAAAAGUUAGCGUUCACUCUAGUAUAGUGGCUGCAGCUUACCUAGCGCUUCUACGCACCGCUCAGAAAUAUUCAAAAGAAACUUUAGACUCACUGAGGAUCACUUAUGAUAACGCUGUAAACAUGCGUCGCUACUACCCAAGUGUUUACAGUGAGUCUGUUGGUUUUCACUCAUGCUUGACCAAACAUGAAUACGUUGUCUGCAGUAGUGACGCAGAAAACAAAGAUAAUUUCUGGGGUCUAGCAAGACGCAUGCAUGACGACCUCCAACACAAUCUUUGUGUCAGUAAAACACCUAUUCGUAUGUCUCCACUCUCUUUGGUAAUCUCUGCUAUUAACCCAGUAAAUUACUUGCUAACUCGUCUAGGAUGCAGAAACUUGGUUAAUACAAACAUGACGUGCACUAACAUGGGCAAUCUGAAGCAAAUAUUGCCUGGUAAAUACGGGGAUGGGCCUGUGGAGAUCACCAGUCUUCUUCGAUCCACGGCAUCAGAGUUAUGUGGAUGUCCUUUCUUGGUCGUCUUCCAGACCUUUGAAGGACGGUUGUUGUUGUCUCUGGACCAUUACGUAAAUAAUAUUACUGAGGAGGUCGCCAAUAUGUUCUUUUUAUAUUUAACCCAUUAUAUUGAUGACAUAGCUCACAAUGGCACCAUCAAGAACUACUGAGUUGUACAUAUUUUGGGAAAAAUAAAAAUAAUGUUUAAAUA